AUGGUCAGGAAGUAGCCAAUGUAAAUACUGGAGAGAAGAAUAUCGUAUAAGUACCUAUUACUGCGUAUAAUUUAAAUCCUGGUAAAUAUUUUUCACAAUAAAUGUGGACGUAUCUCCUUUCAAUAUAUUUGUUUUUUAAACAUAUACAACGCAAUAAUACUACAAAAGAACGGAGUCCAGUAAGAUAAAGGCGUAUUUGGUUUAAUUCAACAUUUAACUUCGUAGAAAGAAAUUGUCGGGAAAUUAAUACUAUGGCUGAAGCUGAAAUACAGAUGCCGCAUUACAUAGAUACAGAUGAAAAUGUAGGAAGUCGCACGAUGAGCGUUUGCUGCUGUUGUCUGGAAUUGGUUUGUAGGAAGUGUCUUUGGACUGAAUACACCUGGAUGGGGCAAGUAGAGGUGUACGGUAACAUGAUUAAAGACUGCUAUGGGAUUGAUAUACCCGGGGAAAGUAGAGGCAUCUGCGAAGUGUGCAUAACUCAGUUGCGGAAUGCAGUACGAUUUAAACGACAAUUGAUCCUGUCCCAGGACAAAUUGAAUGCUCUGAAAAAUAAUAUCGCAAAAGGGAAUGAAUUUGAUCUUGUCGAUGGUGGUUCGAAGGGAAACGCGCAUUACGGGAAUGAGUUCGAUGGGGAUGAUUGCGUGAUCGGAUGCAAACAGGAAUCUGUAAAUUAUUCAGAUUCGGAUAGCUCUGAUGACGCGCCUCUGGUGCAAGCCUUGGACCGAGAGCGAGCCCGAAAAGAAACUCCGCCUAAACUGAGAAGUGGAAGACGACAGUACAAUUACAUGAAAACGAGACGUAACGUGUGCCUUAUCUUAGAGAAUUCCACGAUCCUACCGUUCAAAUCGAACAAGGGCUACUUCACUUGCUUCUACUGCCACAAGCAGCACGCCGUCUUCGAGGAGCUCAAAGCGCACAUGAGCGAACACAAAGACUUGACGGUCAAGGACAGCUUGAAAUGCCUGUUACGGCCGCACGCCAUCAAAGUAGACGCCAGCAAUUUGUCGUGCAAGCGAUGCGGCCAAGCUCAGCAGACGAUGCACGAUUUGAUACAACACUUGACCGAGAAUCACGAAAUCGACUUUGACUUCGACGCGAAAAUGAAACCGAUCGACACGGUCCUACCGUACGAUCUGGCCGACGGCAAAUUCCGUUGUUUCAUAUGCAAAAAGGAUUUCAUGUUCUUUAAGACCUUAUCGAAGCACAUGAACGAACACGGCGCGAACUACGUAUGCGAUAAGUGCGGUAAAUGCUUCAUUUUGCCGGAGAGGCUGAGGGCUCACAAGCAGAACAUACACAUAGACGUCUCGGCCGUCAAGUGCGAACACUGCGGGAAGCUGUGCUCUUCUAACGUUGUCCUAAAGAGUCACAUACGAUACACGCACAAGAGGAUAUUGUUCGUUUGCUCCAUAUGCGAUAAGAAAUUCAUGUCGUUCAAGAAACGUUUCGACCACUUACAGCAGUACCACGGCAGGGCGGCCCUGAACCUGACCUGCGAUAAGUGCUCGAAGAGUUUCUCGACGCCCGGCAGUCUGAACAAUCAUGUCCGGAAGGAGCACUCGAUAACAACGAGAGACCCGAAGAGGUUUCACUGUGAAUUGUGCUCUAUGACGUUCAAGACAAAGUCCGCGUUGAAAUGUCACAGCGUUGUGCAUUCCGGCGAGAAGAAUUUCGAAUGUGAAGUCUGCCACAAGAAGUACGGAAGGUCGAGGACCUUGGUCGAGCACAUGAAGAUACACAGGAACGACAGGAGAUGGUCCUGUGCUGCAUGCGCGCAGGCCUUCGUUCAGAAAUGCAGCCUCAAGAACCACAUCAGGGUCCACCACGGAGAACUCAACGGGGAUCAGUUAUUGAUUUACAAGGAACCGGAGAAAACGUGAAGAUCUUUAAUUGGAAUUAUCGAGAGAUCUGCUUUGGAAUUGAUUAAAAACGACAUCACCGUUUAAGACCAGGUGAUACCGAUUUCCUGAACCCUUUGACUGUUCAUUUAUAUAGCAGCAAUAAAGGGCUGAAUAUGUAUAUCUAUAUAUUAAUACGUGAAGCAAAAACUUUGUACCCUUUUUUACGAAAACUGCGCGGACGGAGGAAUAUGAAAUUUCCCACACUUAUAGAGAAUAUAGAGGAGUGCACAAUGCUAUUUUUUUUUUAAAUAAUGCAUAAAAGAUACAUUAAAUCAGUAAAGAAAACAUAACACACACAUGUAUUGUAUUUGACACACACAAUAGUCUUUGUUUAUUGACCAACUUUUGUUAUUGCAUAGAGUCUGUAGUCAAAUUGAGAAUAAGUUAAUAUUGUUUAUCUUUCUUGGCGAAAUCUGUCACUAUAGAAAUAUAAUAGUCUUCGACAAUAGAAUCAUAAUAAUGUUCAAACUUAUGAUUUCAAUAUUAUAACACGUUAAUAAAACUUCCUUCAUAUGAUAAAAA